AUGAGAGGAAAAGUUGCGGUGUCUUGGACGAUCCUGAUUGGAGGUUACGCACAGAAUAAACAACCUAUGGAAGCUUUUAAUCUUUAUGUUGAGAUGCUUAGGACAGGGUUGAAACCAGAUCAUGUCACCUUUGCGACUCUGUUAUCGGGCUGUGAUGAAACAAUUACAAGAAAGGAUGUUCAUCAGGUCCAUGCUCAAAUCACUAGAUUAGGAUUUGACUCCGAUCUGGCAGUCUGUAACAGCUUAGUGGAUUCUUAUUGCAAAUCCCAAGGUCUUGAGUUAGCUUUUCAGCUCUUUAAGGGCAUGAUUACAAGAGAUACCAUUACUUUCAACACAAUGAUAACAGGGUGUUCAAGAGAAGGGUUGAAUGAACAAGCAAUAGAGCUCUUUUCAGAAAUGCAGCAUUAUGGUUUUAGGCCUUCGGAUUUCACUUUUGCUGCACUUUUACGUGCCUGUGUUGGGUUGGAUGUUACUACCGUCGGACAACAGGUCCAUGCACUAGCGAUUAAGGCUAAUUUAAUAAAACAGCGAAAUGCCCUCGUAGACAUGUAUGCUAAAUGCGGAAGAUUUGAUGAAGCCAAUAUUAUAUUUGAAAAUUUGGCUGACAGAAGCUCUGUUGCUUGGACUGCCAUGAUUUCAGCCUGUGUUCAACAAGGCCUCAAUGAUGAAGCCUUUAAGCUGUUCAAUGAAAUGCGUAGCAAUAGUGUUUGUGGGGACCAAGCAACUUUUGCAAGUACUGUGAGAGCCUCAGCAAACUUGGCUUUGCUUUCACUCGGUAAGCAAUUGCACUCGUGCAUAAUCAGAGCUGGAUUCAUGUCAAAUGUUUUCUGCGGCAGUUCACUCCUAGACAUGUAUGCUAAAUGCGGAUCUUUGAAGGAUUCAAUCGUAAUUUUCAAAAAUAUGCCUGAGAGGAACACAAUCUCGUGGAAUGCAAUGAUCUCAGCAUAUGCUCAGAAUGGAGAUAGCAAAGCCACUCUGAGGUCCUUCAAAGAGAUGGUAGAAUCGGGUGUUCAUCCUGAUCAUGUUAGCUUCCUUGGUGUUUUAACUGCCUGCAGCCACUCUGGGUGUGUCGACGAAGCACGGCAGUAUUUCAAUAUCAUGACUCAGACUUACAAACUCACCCCACAGAAAGAACACUACGCAUCUUUGGUUGAUGUGCUCUGCAGAAGGGGACGAUUCAAGGAAGCAGAGGCAUGGAUGGCUCAAAUGCCAGUUGAGCCAGAUGAAAUCAUGUGGUCAUCAAUUCUAAACUCAUGCAGGAUCCAUAAGAAUCAAGAGUUUGCUAAGAGAGCUGCUGAUGCACUUUUUAACCUCGACAUGCUUAGAGAUGGUGCUGCCUAUGUUACUAUGUCUAAUAUUUAUGCAGAGGCAGGGGACUGGGAACAUAUGGCAAAGGUAAAGAAGGCGAUGAGAGAACGCGGAGUUCGUAAAGUGCCUGCUUAUAGUUGGGUAGAAGUUGGACGUAAAGUUCAUGUCUUCACUGCCAAUGACAGGACACAUCCACUGAAUGAUGAGAUAAGAAAAAAGAUUGACACUUUGGGGAAGCGAAUGGAAGAGGAAGGCUACAAGCCUCACUUAAGUUGUGCCCUUCAAAAUGUGAAUGAUGAGAUGAAAGCAGAAUCACUUAAAUAUCACAGUGAAAGGUUGGCAAUUGCAUUUGCGCUCAUCAGUAUGCCGGAGCGAACGCCUAUACUUGUGAUGAAAAAUUUAAGAGCUUGUGUAGAUUGCCAUGCUGCAAUAAAGGUGAUAUCAAAAGUUGUUCAACGGGAAAUUACAGUCAGGGAUUUUAGUAGGUUCCAUCAUUUUAAAGAUGGGGCUUGUUCAUGUGGGGAUUACUGGUGACAUGCAUCAAGAAGCAUUACAGUUUGAAGUGACUUCAUUUAUUGAUAAGGAGGACCAUUGAGCCAUCUACAUGACCUUCCAACUGAAAGUUUGUAGCCCCAUUUCAUCUUCCUGGCCAGUACAAAAGAGAAGUGCUAAACCUGAGUUGCCACUCAAAUGGAUAGAAAUGGUACGAUGGGACCGGACAUAUAAUCUCUGCUGAUGGUACGAUUCAAGUUAUAUGCAUGCAUUUGCUUGACUUUACAGUCACUCUGAUGGCCCCGUCAUCUCUUUAACAAACAAGCCUCGUUUCAUCGCUUGGUUUCCCUGAUUCAUAAAGACGGCACCAUUAGUUCGCGUAAAUUACGGACAUGGAUGAAUUUCCGAAGAUGCUGGUCAGAUACAGAAUACCGUGCUUCACGGAUGCAUUCACUGGUGGAAGGCCACUAUUAAUAUAACUUCAGCAUAUUCUGAUAGACGGUCUAUCUCAGCAUUUGAAUCAUUUGCUCCAUAACACUCUGCAAGGAAAAUCUACUGCUGCCGGACUGUAUAGCUGCCUUUCACACACAGGGCGAUACAGUUGAAAAAGUUUAAGUCUGCACCGUUUCAUCAGAAAUGAACCGACAUAGCUACUCCUGGAUGCCCUUAGCACUGGGAAGUAGCCUUUCAUAGUAGCUCAUUUUAUCUUAACCUCUCCACCGAGCUCCAUCUGCCCAGACAACCAUGGCCACUUAUGCUACACUUGCACUUGAGGCCUCUUGAGACGAAACGCUCUUCAAGAACUGGUUGAAGGUCUAAGAGAGCUCUUCAGCAUAAUACUUGUUUGCACAUUUACUGCCAUCACUUUGCAAAUUGCAAGAGUAUGUACUGCUCAUUUUCCAUAUAUAAGCCUCAGUUUGUGUUGAACAUAUUACCAGGCAUGCUGAAGACGUGUUGUGUUUGAUACGAUGUUUGAUAAGUGCUCGAUAUAGCACUUAUGAUGUUUUGAUAUGUUGGUAAACUAUAAACCAAACGACUUUAUGGGAUCUUCUCCUAUAUUACUAAUUAGAUACGAAUAAGUAAAAUGAAUAACAAU